AUGUCUUUGGCUGUUCCACAAAUAAAGUCCCCUGGGGGUGCGAGACCUACUACUCCAUUGGCACGAGUAGGCAGUCCAGCCCCUGGUGGGUCGUCAUCCUUUGAAAAGGCUUUGAAUUCGUGGACUCUGAUCGACCUCCCCUCGUUGCAGAAAAAAAUGGACACGAAUGCCUUAGAGAUUGAGGAGUUUCAGUCACAGUCUGUUGUGAAUCGGAAAGACCUUGCAGCGAAAACCAAGUCUUUCAAGAAGCUGGAGGAACCUGAAAAAUUGUCCCAGAUCAACCCAUUGCUGAAGGCGUACCAGAAAGAGAUCGACAAUCUGACCAAGAAAAACAAGGAAAUAGAGAACAUAUUUUACCAGGUCUACAAAUCAGUGGCAGAAGCUCCAGAUCCCAAACCAUUACUGGGUGUUUCUCUUGAUGCCAUCAACAAGGUGCCAGAGUUAGAUAGGCUGAAGGAAGAGAAGCAAUCUCUGGAACAAAGGCUACUCAACUUUGCUGAUUAUGAUCAGCUGAGAUCAAAGCUGGAAAAAAUUGAAAAAAGUCUGAAAGAGCAAGCUGACUCCAGGGUAAGAGCAAAAGAGGAAGAGUGGAAGGCCUUGGUGGACGAAAAGCAGAGGAAUUGGAAUCAAAAACAAAAGGAGUCCGACAAGACACUUUCCAAGUAUAAAAAGGACCUGGAGGAUCUGAAAGUAUCCGGUGAAGUGAUGAAGCUGAAAUUGGAGUCUCAGAAGAGGACUUUGAACGAUGACAGCGGAUUGGGUGAGGAAAGCUCGAGUGGAGCGACCUUGAAGACUGCAAGCAGUAUGAUAGAGCUGGAGAUGAUCAGCCGCGAUGCUGAAACAUUGAAGGUGCGUGUGCUUGAACUGGAGAAGAGAAACGAAGAUUUGAGGAGAGAUCUCAGCAUUGCUCAAUCGGACGUGGAGAAGGACAAAGCCAAGGAGCUCAGUAAUAAAAGGAUCAGCGAGCUAGAGUCUGAAACAGCCUUGUUGGUUGGGCGCCUGGAGCAGGAAAGAAGAACUGCGGAGAGUCUGAAAUCAGCCACAUCGUCGAAAAUUGAAUCUCUCACCAGGGAAGUGGAAAAUCUUCAGACAGAGCUUAAAAGGCUGCAUGAAAACUCGUUGAAAAUGGUUGACUAUGAUGAGAUCAAAAAGGAGUUGGAGAUAAUAAAAAGUGUCCAGUUUGGUGGUUCCAUCGACGAGAUUGGCGAUGAGAGCGGAACACUGGAUACCAUUGUCUUGCAGAGGAAUAAGCAAUUGACGGAAGAUUUGGUUGCUCUUAGACAAAACCAGGAAACACUUGACAAGAAGUGCAAACUGUUGGAGGACAGGUUGGGAGAAUCAUCAACGGAAAUUCAACGUCUCAGAGAACUCAACUUCAAGCUUGAAACCGAUCUUUCGAGUGUCCAGCAACACUCUUCUGAUAACUGGGAAGCCAUGAGUAUGAUUUCCAGUGUUUCCCGAGCCCCAUCAAUCAGAGGUAGAGUUUCCCCAGCCUCGUCUAUUGCGGGUGGGUUCUCUGGUGAGGGCCUCGAACAGCAACAGCAACAGGACUCAUCUAUUUUGCCUAUAAUAACUCAACAGCGUGACAGGUUCAGAUUGCGGAACAAAGAACUGGAAGACGAGACGAAGAAGCAGUUCUCAAAGAUUGUGGAGCUGAAGAGGGAGAUCACAUCCCUGAAGAACGAUAACAGGGAGUUAUAUGAAAGAAUUAGAUUCCUCCAAUCUUUCGAAAAUAGCAGAAACAGAACUACUGCUGCAUCUUCAAGCGAACCUGAAGAGAGAUACAGGAACACAUACGAGCAAGGUUUGCACCCAAUCGAACAAUUCAGAAUGGCCGAGUCCAAAAGAAUUUCAUCCAAAAUGUCACCAUUUGAAAGGAUCUUUGUUUCUGUGACCAGGACUGUAUUGAGUACGAAGCUCACAAGACUUUUGUUUGUCACCUACUGCAUCGGUCUGCAUUUUCUUGUGUUUCUCUUUAUGGUCUACUUCACCUCUCCAAGCUCAGAGGUGGGAGGUGGCUUCUCAGACGUUUCCAAGGUUGUUGGUGAAGCGGCUAGUAAUGCUCAUAAUCUGGUAGACGUGCAUGAUGCAAUCGCGGGCGGCGGUUCGGUGGUCAAUGAAGGAUCUGUACCAAUUGACUAG